AUGUUAUUCUUUUGCCCAACUGCCAAAGUGGUAUGGAAACUUGCUCCAGUGAAAUGGGACGGGAUAGCUGAACUACAAGACAACUUUUGGAACUGGUGGGUUGCUGUGAUGCAAUCAGCAAAGGAGGCACAUGGCCUGGACAGAAUCCAGCUUACGGUUAGCAUUUUAUGGCAAGUGUGGAAGGCUAGAAACAAAAUGACUUUCCAAGCUGAGAGGGGGAAUACAAAACUGAUUGUCGACAAAGCUCACAGUGAAUGGCUUGAGUAUGAAGCUUGCAAUGAAACCAAUGGAAGACCAGCUACACCAGCAGAGGAGAAUGGGCAAUCACAACAGAAAUGGGAACCACCUAAAGAAGGUGUGAUAAGGAUAAACACGGAUGCGGCACUCUCAGCUAAGAUGGUCCGGACAGGCCUGGGGAUCAUUGCGCGGAAUUGGCGUGGAAAGAUAGUGAAAGCUAAAGGCAUCAUGACACGGAGGAGAGGAGCACCAGCAAUCGAGGAAGCAAUGGCAAUAAGGAGUGCGUUGGAAAUGGCCACAAAUGCAGGAUGGACUACAAUAGAGGUCCAAUCUGAUUGCAAAUGUGCGGUAAGCCUAAUCAACUCAAGCAAUAGACAGGAUUGUAAGCUGCAAACGAUCCUAGAUGACAUUGAAGACUUGAAGAAGAACUUUGACUGUUGUGUGUUUUUGUUUAUUCCCAGGACUGCUAAUACUUGUAGCCAUGCUUUGGCUCAAUUUGCAGUUAAGUCAGUUAGGAUAAUUGAAUGGGAGAGAUCAUUCCCAUCUUGGUUAUCAGAACUAGCUAGGAAAGAUAUGGGGAUAGUUACCCCAUUUUGUAAUUAA